CUGGCCACAUUGUCGCAGGGUCGAUCUUGCCAAUUACUGCUCUUAUUCCGGAUCCAACGGCAAAGCACCGCAGGAGGAACUUUGCCGUAGUCUUAUGGCGGCUUCUCAGAUUGGAGCUUGUCUUACUCCGAGCAGCGAAGGUCAGAGAACUCUCGUCUCGAAAAGACCGCUGUAUUACGAAAUCGACGGCUUUCGAUUAAGUGAGCCAUUCGGAGUCGAUCGAUUCCGCGGUGCGGUGCAGUACAAACCUACUCCGGACGAUGUUUUUAUUGUCACGUACCCGAAAUGCGGCACCACCUGGUUACAGGAAAUUUGUUAUCUAAUUUAUAAUGAUGGAAAUCCACCGGAGAAUCAACUCAAACGACUGAUUGACACCCCGUUCUUGGAGAUGAUCGGACCCGAAUGCAUUGCGCAGAUGAAAAAACCCGGGGCGGUCAAGAGUCAUCUUCCGUUCGACAGAAUGCCUUAUUCACCACACGCAAAAUACAUCUACGCGAUCAGGAAUCCGAAAGACUGCGUCGUCUCGUUCUUCUAUCACACGUCACAGGUGUAUCCAGGCUACCAAUUCGCUGACGGUACCUUCGCCGAGUUCUUCGAUCUCUUCAUGAAGGGACAGACAGAUUUCGGCGACUACUUCGAUCACGUUUGUUCAUGGCUCCGACAGCGAGGCAGAGAAAACAUUCAUUUCAUUUAUUUCGAAGACGUCAAGAAGAAGGGCAGUGAAGAAAUUCUCAAACUAGGUCGAUUCCUCGGAAACGAUCUCGAGGCAAAACUGAAGACUCAGGGACUUCUCGAAAAAGUUCUGGAGAGAAGUUCAAUCAAAACCAUGAAGGAAGGACUGAAGGACUUCGCUCUGAACAAAGACGAUCCCAGCCUGCCUGAAGGUCUGCGAGCCUUCGCAGAAUCUAACGAAGUUAAGACGGCAAGUGGCUCAACCUCUGCGCUCAAAUUUGAUUCGCACCUGCGGAAGGGAGCUGUAAAUGAUUGGAGAAAUCUCUUGACUCCCGAAAUGAAUGCUUGCUUGGAAGCGAAGAUCAAGCGGAUCAUAGAACCCGAGUUCCCUGAGCUGAUAGAGAAAUGGAGGCAACAUGGCGUAUUCGAACCGCUGUGAGGAAUCGACAAGCUCCGAUUAA